UCAACAAGCACUCACUGAUUCUGAAUGCAUGAAUGAGGAAGUGUGUUAUUUUCCCGGCUUUUACUAAAUUGAUGGAUUUAUGAUCAAUUUAGAGCAUUCUUUUCAUUAGAAGCGUGUACUUAUUCAUUCCAUGAGGCAAAACAUUCUGUGAAAUAUUGUGACUGGCAAUUUUUGUUGGUCAUAGUGAACAGUUUUAUUGUGGGUCGAAUCUUUCACCCCCGCAAUGGAUCAUGCAAGUCAGGGAGAAGAGCUUGGAGCUGGUGGAGAAAUGGGCGCUGGGGUGACAGUCAAAGAAGGCUGGCUUCUCAAAAGAGGUGAACACAUAAAGAACUGGAGACCAAGAUAUUUCAUUCUAAGGGAUGACGGCACAUUCUAUGGAUUUAAGUCACGACCUGAGGGUGGGUCAAUAAGUGAUCCAUUAAAUGACUUUACUGUACGAGACUGUCAGCUGAUGCGGCAAGAGAAACCGAGGCCCAACACAUUUGUUGUGCGAGGGUUGAUGUGGACGACCGUGGUGGAGAGGAUGUUUCAUGUUGAUACUCCAGAAGAAAGGGAAGAAUGGAUACUUGCAAUAGAAGGUGUUGCGAAGAAGUUAGCUGUUUUAGAUCAACAGUCAGGUGUACAUAUGAACACAAGAAAGUCUAAGUCAAAAUUGUCAAAAAAAGUGACGCUGGAUGACUUUGACCUCUUGAAAGUGCUCGGAAAGGGCACAUUUGGCAAAGUCAUGUUAAGUAGGGAGAAAUCCACUGGUCAUUUCUAUGCCAUCAAAAUACUCAAAAAAGAUGUCAUAAUUCAGAAGGAUGAAGUCAACCACACGUUAACAGAAAGUAGGGUCUUACAGACGACCAAGCAUCCAUUUCUAACACAACUGAAGUAUUCAUUCCAAACUGAAGAUCGUCUUUGCUUUGUUAUGGAAUACGUGAAUGGCGGAGAACUAUUUUUCCAUCUGUUCCGAGAGAAGCGGUUUACGGAGUCAAGAACGAAGUUCUACGGCGCCGAGAUCAUUUCAGCGCUCGGGUAUCUUCAUCAUCAUAAUAUUGUAUAUAGAGAUAUUAAGCUGGAGAACCUGUUAUUAGACAAAGAUGGACACAUAAAAAUAGCCGACUUUGGUUUAUGUAAGGAAGAAAUGUCUUACGGCACGAGCACAAAAACAUUUUGUGGAACACCGGAGUACCUGGCACCUGAGGUUUUAAAAGACAAUGACUAUGACCGAGCGGUGGACUGGUGGGGCACCGGUGUUGUUAUGUAUGAAAUGAUGUGUGGUAGGCUACCGUUCUACAACACAGACCACGAAGUUCUCUUCGAGCUCAUAUUAGAAGAAAAUAUCAAGUUUCCCUCAUAUAUAAGUAUGGCAGCUCGAUCAGUGCUGCAGGGGCUUUUGGAGAAGGAGCCCAAGAAGAGGUUGGGAGGUGGUGUUGGGGAUGUAAAGGAUAUCAUGUCACACGAGUUUUUCGCUGAUGUCAACUGGAUAGAUCUGGUCGAGAAGAAGCUUACCCCACCUUGGAUUCCUGAUGUCACGUCGCCGGCCGAUACAACGUACAUUCCUGAGGAGUUUGCCCACGAUCGGGUACAGUUGACGCCUCCGGGUAAAUCAUCAAUGUCGGAGGCCCUAGAGCCGAUUCAAGAAGACAUGCCCUACUUUGAACAAUUUUCAUUUCACGGCAGUCGAACUAGUCUUAGGAGCAUGUCUAGUACAACCGACUUGGGCCCAUUCUAAUCAUUCGAAAUACACGGAGUUGAGGACCUGACGUUGUAGAGAUCAUGCCUGUCUUUCUCUGUCUGGAUAUCAGCACCUGAUGGUUUAGAGGAGAACUUUUUUCAUGAUUACAAACCAGUAGACACAUUUCUAUUUCUGAUGACGUCGUGACAAUAGAGUGUACAAUGCAGACAUAUGGGGCUUGCAGUUUACCUGUUUUCGAGCUAAAAUGCCCUCUGUUUGAAUUAAAGUCAAAAUGAUGUCACUUUGCAAAUGUAGAAAUUCGUCUAUUGCCCUAUGAAAUGACACUUCUCGUGUUUGACAAGAAAGAGUGCAAUAUGCAGUUACAAAUGUAUGACAUGACAGUGUGCAAAAUAGUGUCUGGAAAAAUCUAUAUCCAGGAUGUCAAGAUAGUAAUGCCAUCUAUUGGUGUUACAGUUAACUUGAUUGAUGUGAUGCAUGUGCAUGUGCCAGAUUCAAGCAUUCUGAAUCGGGUCUUUGAUUGAACAGGUUCGGAGUCAUUAUGUCACAGUGAGGAUAGGAGUUUGUGGAAGACCCUGAAAUAGACAAGACCCAAGUUGGCUUGUUAGGGUGUGUUUACAUACAUAUACGGGCUGUUUACACAGUACCAAACCAGACAAGACCAGAUCACAUUGCUCAUGACGUCAUGAAUGACGUAGGUCUAGUAAUCACAUAUUAAAGUAUGUACGUUGAGCCAGAGCAGACCAGACCAGAUCACAUUUCUGGACCAAUGUAGAUCGAUCUAGAUUGGUUUGGUCCCGUAUAAACGACCCUAUUGAGUUCACGUUAUCAUUAAUGACAUGUCACUUUAAGGCCGAAGACCUUGGAAAUACACUUAAAUCACUGGUACUAUCCUGGAAAUACUUGUACUAUCCAGAAAAUAUUUUUACUAUCGAGGAUGUACUUGUACUAUUGAGAAUAUACUUGUACUUCCAGGGCAUACUUGUACUGUCCAGGAGGUACUUGUACUACCAGGAGGUACUUGUACUGCCCAGAAAGUACUUGUACUGCCCAGAAAGUACUUGUACUAUUGAGGAUAAACUCGUACUGACCAGGAAGUACUUGUACUGUCCACAUCAUAGUUUUACUAUUCAGGAAAUACAUAUACUUGUGCUGUCCAGGAUAUACUUGUACUGUCCAGGAUAUACUUGUACUGUCCAGGAUAUAUUUGUACUGUCCAGGAUAUACUUGUUCUGUCCAGGAUAUACUUGUAUGUCCAGGAUAUACUUAUAUUGUCUAGGAAAUACCACUGGACUAGUUUUUUUUCUCCGUUCUAUGUACAAACAUGUAUGGUAAUACCAAGAUAGGUGUGCACACUCGGGGUAAGAGUACUACAUUGUAGCAGGGUAUUUGAGAAAGAUGAUGAGAUGGUGUUGGCUGCCUGAGGAAGGGUUUAUAAGGCUGUGUAUCCAAUAGGCCUAUUCCCUUGUGACCGAGGGGCGUUGUUUCCAUUAUCUCCAUGGCAUAUUCCCUUGUACAACCAAUUGGAGCCAGUAAGCCAAAUGUGGGUUCAUUUUGUGUGUGGUGUGUCAAAAGGUCACAAGCAAACAUGGAUAAAAAACGCCAUGUUUUGAAGUUUUUUGUCCAAGAGUCUUUUUUCUUAGGUGUAUAUGCAUGACAGGCAUAUCUUUUUGUUAACAAAAUCGAGGUUGGAAGAGACCUAUCGGGUACUUUCCAUGUUGUGUACAUUGUAUCCAUGUAUUUCAGCUGAGCGCCUGGCCCUUGGCCUCUUGUUAUUUCAUUGAACAAGAAGUGGAAGAAUUUAUGCCCAGUAUUAUGUACAAAUGUUUAAUCAGAGGGGAAGGAUUAUAUGACUUAUUGACCUCAAUGCAAGUUAGGGAGACUCAUGUCCAGUAUGAGUAUUAUAAAAGAGGUUGGUUGAGUUGGUGAAAAAAAGUCAAAACACAACACCUCAGUAGGGAUUGGGUAGCUUUGUUUAAUAUUGAAGAUGCUCAGAUGAGUAGAACUAAGAUUAGCAGAGUAGAAAUUCUCUUCAGAGCAUGGGCAGCUUAGCCAUCCAAAUUAACUGCCGUUGGAACAUUAAUUAAGCAUGCCAUUCAAUGACGUCUGCUGGAAGAGUGGGAAAGGGAGGUAUGCCUGUUGGGGCAGGGAACAUAUUUUGGUUAAAGAUUUUUAAAUGGCCGCCUGAGGCACGUGUAUAAAAAAGCUGUAACUUUGUACAUACUUGUAUUGUUGCCUUUUCCAGGUAACACUGAACAAGUACCAUAUGAUAUGUGCUAAGGCGUCGUGACAAUUAGUACAACAGAUUUUGUUAUCAUGAUGUAUAUUUCAUGUUCAAAUGAUGUUAACUAUGUGUUCCAGAGUGUUUUUUCUCGAACUUGGAGAAAAAUCUUCACAGCUAACGAAUUUCAGGGUUUUCCAACUUCUCCACAAUUCGACCCAUUGCUGAAGGUCUUUGACGUAGCGAUAUUGCCUUGAAAGAUGCAAAUGCCCCUAAACUCACUUUUUGGAAAAGAUUACAGGCAAUAUUUGAACUGAUAAGGAAAAUUUUGAGGCUGAGCUAGACUUGUUUAUACUCAUUUGCCAUGCGUUUGGAGUUAAAAUGUGAUUGGGAAAUCAAAAACCAAUGGAAAUUAAAAAGCCGCCUAAGGCAGCCAGGUGGUUUUCUGGUCCCCUCUGUUUCAGCUUAGUGCCCAGACAGACAAAUUAUAGAAUUUGGAAAAGCCCUGAAAUCAUUUUCAAUUCUUUCAAAAGGUAAAUUUGUAAAUGAAAUGUUCAUAAGUGUAUAUCUCGGUUAAAAAUGUGAAGUAGAAACUUUUCUCAUUUGGUGCAUACACCGUCCUUAUAUUUGGCACCAUAAAUCUGAACGGGGUCGUUUUCAAGGUGGUCGGAGCUCCCUCAUGGGGCCGUCCAUAAAGCACCUGUGCACCGAGGGAUGGAGGGUGGGUCGUGCCAGAUGGUACAAGGUGCGUACAGGGGGAGGGGGGUGCCUAUCUCUAAGAAUAUGUUCCCCACCGAAGCACUAUUUUCGCCUCAAGUACCUUUGCAGUGAGUACUGUCUGUUUCGCCAUCUCGAGGUAUAGUGUCUGCCCAUAGCAACACGUGGUACACAAGUGGAUUCGAGUUGGUGGCGGGUCAAUACUAAGUCAUGUGCACGUGUCGUCAAAGUGACGGCUGCUGGUGGAUCUGCGUAAAAUUCUGGCUGAAAAAGAUAAUAUUUCAAGCAUGGGGAUUAGAUGACAAACUUCUCUACGCACUACUCGUGUACAUUGUUGAAUGUAUGACAUACUGAUGCAUAUGCUUACAAGGGGAAACGGGUUAAAGCCAGAGUGUACAAGGUACAACCAGGGGGAGGGGGGUCUGAAGAUUGGUAAUUAGGUGUGUUCGUUCUUUAUGGACAUUCGUCAAGCAUUCUUUUGCUCUUGAAAAAUCCAAGGGGUCUGUCCGAUGAGACUAUAAAAAGCCAUGGUCAUUAUACCUACAUGUAAGUGUCUUUGUCAGGACAAGUAAAAGAUCCCUCGUUGAUGAUAGUGGACGCUAUUCCUCUGGCAAAAAUCCAAUAGGGUUACCACACCAGUAAUAAGGAUGAUGAUUAUGUUGAUAACCGCUGCUGCCAAAAAGAGUCACAGUGCUCGCUAAAAAACGAGCCACCGUGGUACAUUAUAACCAAAAAAAUCUAUUGGAAACAUUUUACCCAAGAGUUUGAAGUGAUAAUCGUGAUUUAUUAGUUGAAGGAUGAAAUGCAUGCAUGAAUAGAGUCAUUCAGCUGUCAAGAAACGUACAUACCGGUACUAAAACUGGAAAAAGAACUCGGGCCAAUGUGACCUACUUUUCAGGUGUAAGUACCUAGGUCAGGUCAUAAAACUCAAUGUCAGUCAUUUAUCAAGAAACCUUAUUGAUUGAUAUGAUCAAGCUUAACAUAGUGCUUAUAACAUCUUGACCUAGUCCUUUUCAAUUCAGCAAGUGACCAGCGAUAUCAUUUUAAUAACACAACGAUCAUGAUUAUGUUGCUUUUUUAUCACCGUUCAAUAAAUAACAUGAGACAUAAGGGGUUACUGAAAGCAGUACAAGUGCCAGUGACGUCACUUGAACUUUUAUGUAAUGCGUCACAGAGACGUCUGUGACGUCACUUACACUCAGUGACGUCAUACAAAAAUUUUCUGUUUUUGGCUUAUAAUUCUUGGUACUAUUUGUCGCAUACACCAGUUGAAGGGUGCCUGUACAAAAGGCCUAUAUUAUAUGUAGUAGGCCUAUGCGAAACAGACGCACCAAAACCAGCUGAAUAGCGUCAACGUGGUAUUUGUCGUCAGAACUUUAUGGACCACAAUUUUAAUCUGAGGCGAUCAUGAAAUAAGAUGAUCAUGAAAUUCUGUUGCAUUUGAGCUUUAAGCAUUGGUGGAACUGCUACACAUCGUCUGAUUAGGUAAGCAUCAGAAAUGCCACCUGGACAAAAUGUGUUGUCCAUAAAUGAUAUUGGCAAGUUUUGACCACACUAUAUUGAACUACGAUUUGAAUGAGCCAUGUUUGUUUGAAUGAAUUCCAUCAUUUUUUAUCUGUAGGUAUUGAAAUACCAAUAUAUCACACUGUUUACCUUGUUCUGUUUGCAAACUUCCUAAGAAUGUGGAGGACUUGUUUGAUUAAUUCUGAGUUUUGCGUCAUCCAUGCAUAGGUUUUAAGCAGGGGGAAAUUGAUCAGUUUUCCUGUUGAAGAGGAAAUGGUAUUGUGUUCAUGUUUUACUGCCUAUGCACAUGACGUGACCUGACGGGCGCCAAAAUCAGUGUUGAAACAAUCCAAGUAGCAGGAAAACCAACACAUUACGUGUCAAUCGAUCAAUCAAUCAAUCAAAUUGUAAUUUCUAUGGCGAAACUUUCCAGGCAAAAGUCCUGUUCAAGUGUGCCCUCCCAUCUGUAUUAGUAGCACAGUAGAACCUCUCUAUCAAGGUCACCCUUGGGACUGACAAGUGCUGUCCUUAAUAGAGAGGUGUCCGCUAUGAGAGGUUCUACUGUACUUUCUGUAUAGUUCUGUUUUUAAUUGUCUACUGAAUGUGUCAUAUGGGCUGUUCCGAAUGUCACUGUUUAGGCCAUUCCAAAUUCUGGGAGCACUCCUGGAGAAGGCUCGGCCUCGAAACUGCUCAUUCUUGAACCUUGGUUAAAAAGGAGGACCUGCGAUAUGGUUUUCAUGGACAAAUUAUUAUCCAAAGAUAGUUACAAAGUGCAUAUCAUGAAUUCCCAAACUUUGGAAGUAUUUUAAUCCACAAACUGCCUAAACUGCCUAAACUCCCAGUGUAUGCAGUUUCUCGUCAAUGUGUGCUUGUGAAAACAGCAGGUUUUACAGAAGGUUUACCCCUGAAAGAUAAUACCUCUUAUAAAAAACUAGGUGAAUAGUGAUUAUUAUAGUUUGUUCAGGGAAUAUUAGAGUCUAUGUAGGCAAUGUGUUUGUUAAUAACUCUCUACUGUUUGAACUUGAAUUAUUUCUCGGAGACUAUUAUAAAUAAUUUAAUCAUC